GCAUAUCCAUAGUUUGUUACAUUCGAAGAUGAAUUCGACUCUUUUCUUUUGCAUCAUGUUCUGCACUUGCAUCAGCAUCGGCUUGGCAGAUCCUGGUAAUCUCCAGGAUACUUGUCCAACAGGACCACAAACCAUGUUCAUCAAUGGUUUGCUCUGCAAAAAUCCAGUGAACAUCAGUGCCUCAGAUUUCAAGAGUACAAAGCUGAGGGACGCUGGUAACACUAAAAACUCUCUGGGUUCUGCGGUCUCCAUUGCCACAGAUAUUGACUUCCCUGGCCUGAACACCCUUGGCCUCUCAACUGCAAGAACUGACCUGGAGGUGGCUGGUUUGGUGACACCUCAUUCGCACCCUAGGGCCACCGAGAUGUUCUUUCUCUAUAAUGGUUCUGUUAUGGCUGGCUUUAUUGACACCAAUAACAAAGUCUUCCGGACGCUCAUGAAGGCAGGAGAUGUGAUUGUGUUCCCCAGAGGCCUGUUCCAUUUUUGCUAUAAUGUUGGCUCUGAGUUUGCCACAGCCUAUUCAGUGCUUAACAGUCAGAAUCCAGGAGUAACGGAAAAUGCUGAUGCAAUAUCCAUCUCUGAUUCUGGUAUCAUGAACAAGAUAAAAAACAGAUUGAUUUCUUCUCCUGAAUCUAAAGUUAAAGACACCAACGAUGCCACUCUGUCUGGAUUCUCUGGUUUGCAUUUUGCAUGAAACCUUGGAAAAUUUCUUCACAGAGCUGUGUGAAUUGGUUGCUAAAAGGAGUGCUAGUAUUUAUUUGCCAAUUGUGCUAAUUAACUUGAAUACAUUGUGUGCAUCAUAAUCAAUUGAAUUUUCCUUUCUUUCGGUUUAGCGAAAGUUUAGGGAUGGAAUGUUUGUGUAACUUUGUUGUCAAGGCUUGAUGAGCAUUAUUGA